AUGACUCGUGACAACCCCACAUACGUUGUUCUCGGCAACCACAAUCUCAAGAACGGCAAUCAUCAAAAAAUAAAGAUUGAAAACAAAAUCAUCCAUGAAAAUUAUCAACAGAUUGGACAGGGUAAUGACAUCAUGCUGAUUGAACUGUCUGAGAAAGUUAAACUGUGCCACAGAGUAGAAAUAAUUCAAAUUCCACAUGCUGAAAUAAACCUAAAAGAAAACCAAGUGUGUCAGGUGGCUGGAUGGGGAACAACUAAAACUCGUGGUAAAUCUGUUGAUGAGCUGAGGGUGGUGGACGUGUCUGUCAUUAACCAAAGGGUCUGUGAGGAACAAUGGCAUGGUCUUCCUGCCAAUGUAACCUGUGCAGGUGGAUAUGAAACAACCAAAGGAUUCUGUCAGGGAGAUUCUGGUGGUCCUCUGGUGUGUCAUGGGUUUGCUGUUGGGGUUGUUUCUUUCAACUAUAAGGAGAACUGCAAUUACCCCAAUAAACCCAACGUCUAUACGGACAUCUCAAAUUACCGUCGGUGGAUCGACGAGGUUCUGGAAAAAAAAAAGUUUCCGAAAACAUUUUUUUGUGUAAAACACUUAAAAUAAAAAGGUUUUUCUUUUCACUAUUGAAAUGUGAGAAUUUCUGAUUCUUUCAUCGGUUUAACCAAAAACAAAAAUACAAACG